ACAUUCCAGUGGGUUGGACUGGAACCUUUACAGGCCAGUUCAGCCGCCCCUGGUCUAGUCUUAAUGUAUUUGACUCAAAGAAAUAGACCAAUGUAAACCUAUUAUGUGUGAAGAAUUUGAAAAAUUAAAAACUUUUUUUAUGGUUUAACAAUUUUUUUAUUCCUAUAUUUUAAAGUAAGGUCAGUUUCCCUGACCUUGUUUCUUUCCUACGAAGUUAAGAAAAACUGGACCAAUCCCGAGUGCGCCAUGUUUUUUGGGCGGGAAAAAUGGAUCGCUAACUUGCUAGCUCGUUUAUUGUUUAGUAGUACCACCUAGCUAACCACCGGCCAAAGGAAAGAAGGAGAAAAUGGCAGCUGGGAAGAUGUGCAUGAAGAAAAAUAAGGAGGAAACUGCCGAGUGGACGGAGUUAUUCCCGAACGACUUUAAAUCUGCGCAGGAGUCUUUACUCUUUGUGAAAAGGAUGAUGGUCGUGGCUGUCUCCUCUAUCACCUAUCUCAGGGGUAUUUUUCCAGAGGAUGCCUACAGAUCCAGAUAUCUGGAAGAUUUUUGCAUCAAAAUCUUGCGUGAAAGCUGCAACACUCCUGGUGCAGCCAAAAUUGUGAAAUGGUUGAUGGGCUGUUUCGAUGCAUUAGAGAAACAAUACCUCCAGCUUGUGUUCAUUGGGGUCUGCGCUGAUCCUGAUGAACCCAAUCGGAUAAUUGAGUCCUACCACUUCAAAUUCAGAUACAGUGCAAAGGGACCAGAGAUGGACAUACUCAGGAACAACGGUAUAAAGAUGCAAGUGACCAUGGACGACACCAAAAAGGCUUUGGUGCUUCUCAUCAGGAAGCUCUUUCUGCUUAUGCAGAACCUGGACGCCCUCCCCAGCAACGUCUACCUGACCAUGAAGCUCUACUACUAUGAUGAGAUCACCCCUGCUGACUACCAGCCGCCUGGUUUCAAAGAGGGCGAGUGUGACAGUCUGUGGUUUGAAGGCGUGGCCGUGAACUUCAGGGUUGGUGAGGUGGAGACGCCCUUUCACACCUUGAAAAUAGCUGUGUCAGCAGAACAGGAUCGGGUGGAGAAACUUCAGAAAGGAAAUCAUUUGGGGGAGACUAAGCAGGUUUCUCAGGGGGCUUUUCCAGAGAAGGAAAUUGAGAAGAAUCCUCCCAAGAAAAUAUAUGAAGGAGAGGAUCUACCUUCUGAAGACGAGUCUGCACAGUUUAAGAAACCAAGGCAGCCCAUGGCAAAGAGGACUGCAGCUGCCAGAAAUCUUGCAAGAAAGAAAAGAAGAAUCUAACCAACAAGACAAAAGAUGUGUGAACAACCUGUUCAUUUUAGUAUGACGUUAUUUUACAAUUCACGUUAUUAUCAAAUGUGUUAGACAGGUUCCUUUGAUAGUUCACUCUACCCAGACAUUGCUGUUGCAGUUUUAUUUCACACUACACGCUAUAACAUUCAUAAUUCAUAUAAAAGUACUUCGGUUUUCAUUUAAGUGUACAAAAAUAGUUUCAUGUGUAUAGUUAAUAAAAUAAAGCUUGAUUGUAAACAUU